AUACACAACUGAGCUGUCAAACCAUCUGAUAAAGUGAAACCUUUAGUGGAUUUAAACAAUUUGCGAUAAAAUUGUUUUUAUUUGAAUUGUGAAUAAAAUGGACGGUUUAUUUGUAUUUGAUCAGCAAAAUGAUAUAAUUUUUACACAAUUAAAUGACGAAAUCAACCGGAAAUUGUAUGAAUUAGCAAAAAAACAGGAGCUAAUACCAAAUGAUGUGAUCGAAAGUGGUGAAAUUGAUACGAAUGUUGUUGUUCAACUUUUUAGUCCAAUCAUUGCGUCACAACGCAUAAUGUUUUGUCAGUUUGAUAAUUCCUAUACAUCGAUUCAGCUGGAGGACAACUUGAAUUUCGUUUUUGAAGAGUUUCUGGGCUUCUUAUUCGUGAGCAUCGCCACAGAGAGUGUGGAUUAUCAACAGCGAUACGUAGGCAUUUGCAUUGCAUUCAUAAAACAUCUAUGUGGCCCUGACAUUUAUCUACUGAAAACUAUGCCAGUGAAGGCGACCACACUUGGCAAAUUAUUGGAAAAUUGGAAAUAUCUUUAUCGAAAUGAUGAGUCGGUGUUAAUUGAAGGCGUUGAAAAUCUGCUGAUCAAUUUGGAUUUGAAGCGAGUCGCCCAGAAGGCACUUGAAACUGCAUCAGAAAACCUAAAACGUGAUCCAUACUCACAACGCAGUCAUUCGAUUUUAUUCGUUAAAAAUAAACUACUUUCCAUGUGCUCAAGUCGUUCAGCACAAGAAUUAUCAACCGGUGAUUUGAUUUUUCUGCAGAUUUACUGCCGAAAAUCGGUUUCAAUCGACGAAACACAGGUCGACUCCGAGCGAAAAGUUGAUACACAUCUGGUGUUUUUGCAGGGAAAUGUUAAUGGCUCUCAUGCUGGUUGUAUUCCACACAUUUUACACAUUUGUCACAUGGAAAACGAUGUAACUCUCAUUAUUUUACUCGAGUACGGCAGUUUGACCGUAUCUAGUGGAUUGUUUGACGUCUUUUUUGCCGUGCAUAAAAUUCGUAUUCUACAAAUGCAAAACGAUAUGGACAAUCUGAGACCGGCUUAUGAAAAUUUAGAUCAUUAUAUUAAACAGAGUUUGGACGCAAUCAAAAAAGCUAAAUACAAUAAUGCCGAUAUUGAAGGCGCCGUUAAAAAGUAUUCCAGCAAAUGGGAAUUGCUACGGAAAAAGUAUCUGGAAUUAUUCAAAAAUAGCGACCGGGAUUUAAUUCUUGCCAUUGAAUCCAACAUUCCUAGUCUCGUCGAAGCACUCAAAGAUCUAUUCAGGAUGAUUUGUAUUGAGUGUAAUACACUUCUAUAUGGUGUACAACGUGUGGCUGAAAUUGCAACGAAAAUUGAAGAAAAAUUAGUCGAAAUCUCGGAAUUCCUUCGAGUCAAAGCCCUGCAAAAUAUCGUUCUUGGAUCGGUAUUCAAAGAUAUCAAUGGUUUGGUACAUUUCAUCCAUAUAAAUCGUUCGACCGGCCGGAUUGUUGUGCCGAUUAUUGAUCCGGAUAAUAAGCGGGCGCCGCUGAUUCAAAAACAGGUAUGGAAUAUGGUAAAAAUGUCGCGGUCAUAUUUGCAAAAGGGUCAUUUAUCAUUGAUUUGGCAAGACGAUGUCUUCUUUUAUUCGUACUUCCUAUGGUUUGAAGACACUCAUGGGACACAACUCAAGCCGAAAGAAAUUCCGAGUUCAACGUCUGCCAAUGCCAUAAAACCGCACGUCGUACCCGGCGUUAUCUCGGGAGAAUUUUAUCAGUGGUUGAUUGAGACAUGUUUUCCAAAAAAUAACGGCAAAAUUAAGUGCUAUGAAUUAUACAGCAUGUAUGUGGGACUUACAUCGGCUCAUACCUUACUAGAUUUCAAUAGGCGUUUGGUGGCCAUUCUACGCGAUAAUUUGACCGGCUUCAAUGGAUUUGAUGGAUAAUCGAAAAACACUCCAAAUAUAUAAAUACAUUCCAAAUCGCAAAGCAAAUGGAAUUUUACAAGAAAAAAAAGACUUUUUUCCACAACACAAACUAGUCAUUGAUUAAGUUUAUUAUUUUUGCAUUUUCAAAGAUCAGAGAAGAGCUCCCAAACCAAAAAAUUUACCAAAAUAAAUAUAUUCGAAA